AUGGUCCCUAUGGAUGUCCCUAUGGAUGUUGCCAUGGUCCCUAUGGAUGCUCCUAUGGAUGUUGCUAUGGUCCCUAUGGAUGUCCCCAUUGUUACCGUCACCCCCUGGACCAGCGGCAUCACCAUCACUGUCACCGCAGCACCACCGGAUGAGGAUGAUUGGGACAAUGGGGACAUUGGGGACAAUGGGGAUGUGGUGACCCCAAGGGACAAUGAGGAUGUGGUGACACCAAAGGGCAUUAGGGACGAUGGGGAUGUGGUGACCCCAAAGGGCACUGGGGACAAUGGGGACGUGGUGGCCCUAAAGGCCAUUGAGGACAAUGGGGAUGUGGUGACCCCAAAAGACAUUGGGGACAAUGGGGACGUGGUGACCCCAAAGGACAUUGGGGACAAUGGGGACUUGGUGGCUCCAAGGGACAAUGAGGACAAUGGGGUCGUGGUGACCCCAAAGGGCACUGGGGACAAUGGGGAUGUGAUCCCAAAAAGCACUGGGGACAAUGAGGAUGUGGUGGCCCCAAAUGACAUUGGGAACAAUGGGGACGUGGUGACCCCAAAGGGUACUGGGGACAAUGGGGAUGUGGUGGCUCCAAGGGACAUUGGGGACAAUGAGGAUGUGGUGACCCCAAAGGGCAUUGGGGACAAUGGGGAUGUGAUGACCCCAAAGGGCAUUGGGGACAAUGGGGAUGUGGUGACCCCAAAGGGCAUUGGGGACAGGGAUGGUCUGGACCUCAUGGACAAGGACACUGGGGACAGUGGGGAUGUGGUGGCUCCAAAGGGUACUGAGGACAAUGGGGAUGUGGUGAGCCCAAAGGACAUUGGGGAAAAUGGGGAUGCGAUGGCUCCAAGGGACACUGGGGACAAUGAGGAUGUGAUGACCCCAAAGGGCACUGGGGACAGGGAUGGUCUGGAUCUUAUGGACAAGGACACUGGGGACAAUGAGGAUGUCGUGCCCCCAAAGGACAGUGGGUACAAUGGUGACAAUGGGGAUGUGGUGACCCCAAAGAGCAUUGGGGACAAUGGGGAUGUUGUGACCCCAAAGGACAUUGGGAACAAUGGGGAUGGGGUGGCCCCAAAGGACAUUGGGGACAGUGAGGAUAUGGUGACCCCAAAGGGCAUUGGGAACAAUGGGGAUGCGGUGGCCCCAAAGGACACUGGGGACAAUAAGGAUGUGGUGACCCCAAAGAGCAUUGGGGACAAUGGGGAUGUUGUGACCCCAAAGGACAUUGGGAACAAUGGGGAUGGGGUGGCCCCAAAGGACAUUCGGGACAAUGAGGAUAUGGUGACCCCAAAGGGCAUUGGGAACAAUGGGGAUGCGGUGGCCCCAAAGGACACUGGGGACAAUGAGGAUGUGGUGACCCCAAAGGGCAUUGGGAACAACGGGGAUGCGGUGGCCCCAAAGGACAUUGGGGACAAUGAGGAUGUGGUGACCCCAAAGGGCACUGGGAACAAUAGGGAUGUGGUGACCCCAAAGGACAUUGGGGACAAUGAGGAUGCGGUGGCCCCAAAGGACAAUGGGGAUGUCGUGGCCCCAAAGGACAUUGGGGACAGGGAGGCUCCGGACAUUGGGGCCGAGGCCAUUGGGGACCUCCCAUCAAUGGGGGACAUUGGGGACAUCCCUGCCUUUGGGGCUGGGGAUGACGUCAGCGAUGACGUCACAGGCUGGGGGGGCACCCUUGGGGGCACGUGCGUGGCCGGCGGCAUCACCAUCACGGUGGUGGCGCCCCCCCCGGAGGAUGAGGAUGUAACUGAUGAUGAUGUCAUCGCCAGUGAUGACGUCACCUCCUCCGCCCCUGAGGAGCCCUUCGUGGGUGAUGUCAUUGCCCAGAGUGACGUCACUUCCUCCCUGCCCGGAAGUGAUGUCACAGAUGACGUCAUCGCGGGGGCCGACACCAUUUCCGAGCUUCCUGGGGAGGAGCUUGCCGGCGGCGACGUCACUCACGGUGAUGACGUCACUGAUGAUGUCAUCGCCGCGCACGGCCCCAUUGCCCUCUCCAGGGAUGUCUGCGCUGAUGAUGUCAUCGAUGACGUCACUGCAGAGGAAGACACAGCCGGUUUUGUACCUAGGGACGCCCCUGCUGAUGACGUCAUCGCCGACGAUGAUGUCAUUGUCAACGAUGAUGAUGUCAUCACCGGUGAUGUCACUUCCUCCUUGCCAGGAGACGGUGACCUCACUGGUGACACUAUCUGCACCAAUGAGCAUGCUCCUUCCGCUUGGGAUGACAUCACCGAUGAUGUCACGCCUGAGGAUGACAUCACUUCCCCCAUCCCCAUUGGCUGCGCUGGUCAUGACGUCACUCCCGAGGGUGACAUCACGCCAGGGGACCCCAUGCUUGAAGACACCACCCCCCGGGAUGAUGACGUCACCGAUGACAUCACCACCGAGGCCCCCAGAGGGGAUGCCCCAGGCCCCCCCCAGGCGCAGACGCCCUCCCCCGGCUGCCCCCUCGUGUUCUUGGCCCUCGUCUGCCUCCUGCUGGCCCUGCUGCUGCUCGCAGGGGUCUUUGCGGCCGCGCAUUACAUCCGGGUCUUCCUCAUCAGCUCCGCCCCCAUCGGCGAAUCCUUCCCAUGA